GUUUGAAAUAUUACAUGUAAACAGGAAGGAGCUUUUUCCUUCUCUGUUCUCCAUUUCUCGUAAGCAGCAUGGAUGCUUGCUUGUGCCUAUAAAUAGUUGGAGUUCAUGCACUUUUAAUCAGCCAUCUAUCUAUCUCCAAGAAGCCUGUUUUGGAACCUAUAGAAUACUACCGAAAAGAGUAUACUCAUGGCCUUCAGAAACUAUUUUGUCAUUCUUUUGGUUACGUCAACUCUUGUUUGUUUUGCCAAUGGACAGCUCUCAGCGAACUUCUAUGCUUCCACAUGCCCAAAUCUGCAAACCAUUGUGCUAAAGGCCAUGACAGCAGCUGUUAACAAAGAGCAACGGACUGGGGCCUCCAUCCUACGCUUAUUCUUUCAUGAUUGCUUCGUGAAUGGCUGUGACGGAGGUAUACUGUUGGACGACACAGCAACUUUCAAAGGUGAAAAAACUGCACGUCCGAACAACAAUUCGGUCAGACGUUUUGAAGUGAUUGACACCAUCAAAUCCAAUGUUGAAGCCGCUUGUAAGGCGACGGUAUCUUGUGCUGAUAUCCUUGCUCUAGCUGCUAGAGAUGGAGUGGUCUUGCUUGGAGGACCAACUUGGACAGUACUCCUCGGCAGAAGAGAUGCAAGAACAGCAAGCCUCAGUGGUGCAAACAGCCAGAUCCCUCCUCCUACUUCCUCCCUGUCAGCCCUAAUCUCCAUGUUUGCUGCGAAAGGCCUAAGCGCCCGGGAUAUGACCGCACUUUCCGGUGGCCACACCAUCGGUCAAGCUAGGUGUACCUCAUUUCGACCGCAUAUCUACAAUGAUACCGAUAUUGACCCAACUUUUGCGGCCACAAGAAAAGCCAAUUGCCCAUUAUCAGGUGGUGACAACAAUUUGGCACCCUUGGAUCUUCAGACUCCUACUAAAUUUGAAAACAACUACUACAAGAACCUUUUGGUUCGACGUGGGCUACUUCAUUCAGACCAAGAACUGUUUAAUGGUGGCUCUCAAGAUGCGUUAGUCAGGACUUACAGCAGUAGUGAGGCUACUUUCAGGAGUGAUUUUGUGGCUGCAAUGAUCAAAAUGGGUAAUAUUAGCCCUCUUACUGGCACCCAAGGAGAGAUUAGAAGGAACUGCAGGGUGGUUAAUUGAUUCACUGAUGCUUGUUGUGCUGUUGUUUUUUUCUUCUUGCUCUAAUGCCUUAUUUUGGAGGUAUUGGACAAAAUAUAUAUAUAGCGUCAUUCUAGAUGCAGUGGAAUCAGCAAAAAGGAGCCAAAAUAAGCUCGAUAUGUUUCUUGAAAUUGAAUGAAUCUUGAUUGUUAUUGUUUUUA